AUGAGCUGGGGAUACAGCUCUUCGUCAUGGCAGGGCGGCAGUGACGGCUGGGGAGACGGUGGUGGCUGGGAUGGGCGUGAGUGGAAGCGCCCUGGUGGCAAGGUGCCGCCAGAUGAUGAGGAGGAAGAAGAGGAAGAAGAGGAAGAGGAGGAGGAACAAAGGGCUGCCAAAAGAAAGAAGGAGAACCAGAGGAAGCACAAGCAGAAAGGUCAGAAGGCCAGAGAGGCGUGGCGACAGCCACUUAUCGAUGAUGCUCAGCGAGAGCGUCGUCGGGCCGAUGCAGCAGAGGCACACGUGCGGACUUUGACCUUGAGUUUGCAGACCGCGCAAGCUGCGAAUGUGAUCUUCGAGGAGCGUCGCCAGGAUUUGUCGGAUGAGCUCAGAUCCGAGAAGGCGGCACUGGCUUCAGCCAAGUCGGAGAAGGCUGAGCAAACCAUGGUUGCGGGUUCCAAUGCAAUCCUCCUUUUGGAAGCUCGGAAUGAGGAGGCAGAGCUGUCUGAAGAGUUGAAGGCAAAGGCUGCGGAAAUGCAAGCAGCAUCGAACAAGCACGAGCAGGCCCACAAUCGGCACCUCUUCAUCAUUCGCCGCAAGAACAUGUACAAGGAUGAGUACUGGACUGCGGAGAAGUCCUUGGCACGCUUCGAGGAGGACAGCGCAGAGGCGUUGAUGAUGCGCGAGAGCGCAGAGGAGCAGUCUGCAGAGCAAAUCACAUCGCUGAGGGCUGCGUUGCGAGAUGCACAGGAGCGUUUGGCCACGGAGGAGACCAGUUACAGCGAUUUCUGCGAGGAUCAGAGCAUCAAAUGGGAGCUCCACAAGGCGCAGACUCACAAGCUGGAGCAGCACCUCGCAGAGGCCUUGCAGACGUCUCAACGGGGGCCACAUGUGGGUCAGGCGGAGGGCGGAUCGGAUUGGGUAAAUUGA